GCUUGUUCAUGUCUACUGAACAGUUGGGGCUGACUGGCGCCAGUGUAGACAUCGGAUGGUUUCAGUAAUACGAAAAUCACUGAGGCUUUUCAUUUCACCAACUUCGGCGACCUGCACACUUUAAGGCAUCAAUCCCCCCUCUCCCUCCCUCUCUCCCCGCUUGUGUCGCGCACGCCUUCAGAGUACAGGGCAAAUGGACCACAUGUGUUUAAAACCAACAGUGGUCUUACCUCUGGCACAGACUGGGUGUUGUUUCUGAUCAACUUUUUUUUAAUGAACCUUGUGUGAGAUACGGGCGCUAGACGGCGGGAGGACCGUCACUCUUCUAUCGGACACUCGCGGAAGCUCGCCUUGGUCGCCUGAAGUUGACCACUUUGGAGAUCCACUCUUAAAAGCCGCGAUGGAAAUUGCUACGGAUCAGCCGCGGUGGGUGUCCCACCACGCCGUGUUGAACGGCCAGCACCCGGAGUCUCACCACCCGAGCCUGCCCCACAAUUACAUUGAACCCACGCAACUUCUCCCGCCCGAUGAGGUCGACGUGUUCUUCAAUCACCUCGACGGGCAAGGGAACCCGGUCUCUCCCUACUACAGCAACUCCCCGCACGCCCGGGCCACCGUCUCCUACCGCCAGGCUCACGCCCGUCUCUCCGGCGGUCAGGUCUGCGGGCCGCAUCUUCUGCACAGCCCCACCAUCUCUUGGCUGGACAGCGGCAAGGCGCUCUCGGCGCACCACCACCACCACCACAACGCCGCGGCGUGGACCGUCAGCCCGUUCACCAAAGGGCCACUCCACCCCGGAGGGCCGAGCGGCCUCAGCGUCUACUCCGGAAGCACCUCGGCCACCACCCUCUCGGCCGCGGCGGCGGCGGCGGCGGCAGCAGCGGCUCACCCCAACCCGCACCACCUCUUCACCUUCCCACCCACCCCGCCUAAGGACGUGUCUCCGGAUCUGGGUGCUCACAGCACGGUUUCCCCGUCCAACUCGGCGGCGGCAACAGCAGCAGGUCGGCAAGAUGAUAAGGAAUCCAUUAAGUAUCAUGUAUCUUUGGCAGAAAGUAUGAAACUGGAAUGUACUAGGAGUACUAUGCCAUCGCUCGGAACCAGCGCGACUUCCACCCAUCAUCCCAUUCCCACUUACCCUUCCUAUGUCCACGAAUGCAACAGCAGCCUCUUCCACCCCAGCGGUAUCCUGGCCGGCGCCUCCAAUAAUUUCACACCCAAAUCCAGGAGCAAAGCACGCUCGUGUGCCGAGGGCCGGGAGUGUGUGAACUGUGGAGCAACCUCCACUCCGCUCUGGAGGAGAGACGGCACAGGCCACUAUCUGUGUAACGCCUGUGGCCUGUAUCACAAGAUGAACGGGCAGAACAGACCUCUCAUCAAACCUAAAAGGAGAUUGUCAGCGGCCAGGAGAGCAGGGACGUCCUGUGCUAAUUGUCAGACCACAACCACUACUCUAUGGCGGCGAAAUGCCAACGGGGACCCGGUGUGUAACGCCUGUGGCCUUUACUUCAAGCUGCACAAUGUCAACAGACCCCUCACCAUGAAGAAGGAAGGGAUCCAGACCCGCAACAGGAAGAUGUCUAGCAAGUCGAAGAAGAGCAAGAGGAUGUCGGAUGGUUUCGAGGAGUUGUCCAAGUGCAUGCAAGACAAGGCGACGUCCUUCAGCCUGGCGGGACACAUGCAGCACAUGGGACACCUGCCCUCCUUUAGCCAUGCGGGCCAUAUGCUGCCCACCCCUACCCCUAUCCACCCAUCGUCCAGCCUCUCAUUUGGGCACCCGCACCCCUCCAGCAUGGUGACGGCCAUGGGCUAGAGGGGGUGUGACUCCCUCAGAGGACGAAGAGAAAUGGUCAGGAGAGAAGAGAGGGGUAGCAAAGAAAAAUAAAAUGUACAAGAGGUUUUUGCCAUUAUCUUUUCCAAAGCAAGAAAGAUUGAUGUCGGACAGCGUGGUGUGUUUGGAGGAUUGUGAGUGGCUGUACCUGACCCCAGUCCCUGCCCUGUUGGUGUUGCAGAACUUGUGGGAGGCAAGAGUUGGAGUCAAACCAAACAGCAUUUUAUCUCCUCGAUGAGGAAGCAGGAAAGCCCCCGUGGGCUUGGAUUGCCUGCUUCGGACUGGAAGGCGCAUGGAGGUAGAACCACACCAGAAUCUUGCAAAACGACUUUGGUUCUUGCUGUUGAUGUGAAUAUUGUAAAUCAGAGAAUUUGAGAUAAAUGGUUUGCAAAAACCUAAUAGCUUAUGCUGGAUUUCUUUCCUUACUUUCAUUUAAAAAAACACUCAAAAAAAUUAAGCAAAGCCACUUAACUUUGAAGUAUAUUCCUUUCUAUUUGAAUUGUUUUAAUUAUUUCAUGUUGUGCAAAUAUUUUAUCUGGGAAGAUUUUGUGCUGAUUCUGGGCUUUUUGUCAUUGGGUAAUGAGGCAAGGUCAAAGGGAAGAGAGGUCGUUGGCUCUUGCUUGGAUGGCUCAGUGGGUGGGGAACGAUGGCUGGGUUUGGUCGCUGGUCUGUAUUCAGUUAACUGGGACGGGGGAACCGAAGCAAUGCUGGUUACUGGAAUGGGCUCAAUCUCACCACCACCCCCCAUCUUCUCCUACCAAGGGAGAGUGAGGGCAAGCAGUCUGACACCUCAUUGCUAUUCAGUGACACGGAGUAAGCAUAGGGAAGGACUGUGUCCAAAUAUGACACUGUUCAUAAUCCAAUAGCAAGCUGCUAUUUAUUUGUGUUUUGACUGAGGUUUGACAGUUGGAAGAGGUAUUGGUUGGGAAGUAUCCAUCGCGGAGAACCCCAGCAAGAAAAUAAAAGGCAGCAAAGUGAGGUGGAGUGGUGGGUUACAGGUGGAGGGUAUGGAGACAGGAGCCUGUGGUUAACAAAUCAGCCCCUAACUUCAUCUCAGUUCUCAGUGUUGGAAGGACACCAAAUCUAAAAGAGCAAAAGAGAUUUCGAUGUAGAUAAUUAACUGUUGUACAUUUUUAUCGAUAGUUUUCACAGGUGAGUAGAUAAAUGAGUUCUUCAAAAAGUUUGCUUUCCACAUCUCAGUUUAAUUUAAACAGAUUCCUGUUCCUUCUCUCGGCUUAAAAGGGACACCAUAGAUUUAAAUCGAUGCCUUCAGCAAGUCAUCUGCUACCUAAG